AUGAUCAAGCCAGGCAUGGUGGUGACCUUUGCACCUGUUAACGUGACCACUGAGGUGAAGUCUGUGGAGAUGCACCACGAGGCCCUGACCGAAGCAAUGCCCGGAGACAACGUGGGCUUCAACGUCAAGAAUGUGUCCGUCAAGGACAUUCGCCGUGGCAACGUGGCUGGAGACAGCAAGAACGACCCCCCAAUGGAGGCAGCAGUCUUCACUGCUCAGGUGGGCAGGGCCAGAUACACACUCACAGCUACUGUAGAGGUGUAGAAACCAUAGAACCAAAAGUCAUACAUACAACUAAAAAUUGUUUAACUAUGAUACACGGUAGUGAUCACAUGGAUACAAGUAUUGGUGGUGAUGAUAUAGAUUGGCGGUUACUAUUAAUAUCCCAUCUAUUCCUUUCCUCUUUCAUACUGCUUUUCUCUCACAAAUAUCAAUUUGUGGCACAGUGUGAUGAGCUAUGGGGAGCUAUUUUUGGCAGCAAAGAGGCCAACAUCUAAUAUCAUUGCUGAUACAGGUGCUGACAGAACAACUAUGUUGACUGUCUGAUAUCUCCUCUAGGUGAUCAUCCUGAACCACCCAGGUCAGAUCAGUGCUGGCUAUGCCCCAGUGCUGGACUGCCACACUGCCCACAUCGCCUGCAAGUUUGCUGAGCUCAAGGAGAAGAUUGACCGUCGCUCAGGCAAGAAGCUAGAGGACAACCCCAAGGCUCUGAAGUCUGGGGACGCCGCCAUCGUGGACAUGGUUCCGGGGAAACCCAUGUGUGUGGAGAGCUUCUCAGAGUACCCUCCACUGGGUGAGUACUGUUGGGUAGUAUAACUCUUGGGCCUGGUUGGAAUUCUUUGAAAAAGAUUCCACUCUCCCUUGAAGUUACCAUUGAUCUGACAUCCUCUCUCUGCAGGUCGUUUUGCAGUGCGUGACAUGCGCCAGACUGUGGCAGUCGGGGUGAUCAAGGGCGUUGAGAAGAAAGCCCCCUCCACUGGCAAGGUCACCAAGUCUGCCCAGAAGGCGCAGAAGACCAAAUGA